AUGGCCGCCGUGGACUGCAUCUCCAUGGCCUCGCGCCAUCACCCCCACCAUCCCUACAACCAACAUACCAGUAUGGCACGAUCCGCCAGUACGGGCAGCAGCAAUAACCCAUACGCGAGAUACAUGUCCCCCACUUCAUCUCUCCUCUCUCGACGAUCAUCCAUAUCCGAAUACUCUUAUUCACCUGCACCAGCCUGGUGGACCGGAAGACCAGAGCACCAUCCACCUGAGCCAAAGCGACGUCGCGACAGCACCAGUCCCAACGCACACCCCAGACGCAGUCGCUCUCAGAAAUAUUCGCGCAACUCGCUCCUCGUCAACCCUGAUAUUAUCGACGAGCUUGACGAUGUCUCCUUCUACUCAUACCACCACGAGGGUCCAUAUGAUGCAGUCUGUCCUGAGCGAAACCGCCUGACUCAACAUAGUCCGUUAGAGGCUGUACGAGAGUCCAACGAAGAGGCUCUGCGCGCAACACCACGACACAAAAUUAUCGAUUCACUGAACAGCCACCGACCACUUGAUGGAACUGCAUUCUUCCCACCGGGAACAACUGAUCGAAACGGACAGUCAUAUGACUACGAAGAGGGCUCAAAUAUGAUGAAUGAAUUUGGAAACUUCAUGCGACUUCCGGGAAAGAAAUUCACCGAUGAGGACUUCAAGAAUGACCCCUUCUACAACCGACCACUUUCGAAUCCAUUCACAUCACUACGGAAGAAGCUCAGUCUGCGACGUAACAAGAAGCGCCGAAGUACCGCGUGA